GUGCAAGCUAACAUUAUUGUAAUAUUCAUUCGUUUUAGGUUAAGGUACAAAGAGUAUAUUUUGAUAAUUUAUUUUUUGAAACUGCAACAUAGGCUGCCUUCAAAAACAUCCGUUUUAAUUGGAAUAUGUGGAUAUUCUGCGUUGCCAGUCAUCAAACCCCGUAGCCUACUGAACAGUUGAGGGAGAAAAACUGUACGCCCGGAAUGACGUUUUGGUAGGUGCUACGAAUACUACAGAAAGUCAAUUUUAGCAAACAUAACUUCUCAGAUCACCAUGCCAGCCAAGUUCUCUGCCUGACAUCCAUCCAUCACCUCUGACUUGGCCGCAAGUAUUACCAGACGUCUUCCCACAAUGCCAACAAACGGCAAACCAACGUUUCUGUUUCGGGAUCAAGUGAACGCCGUGUCGAAUGUGUUCAAAGAAUGGAACCAUUGUGAACAAACUGUAGCAUUGUAUUCUCUCCUGAAAAGGAUAACAUCAACGCAAACUCGUUUUCUCACACUUGUUCUCGAGCAGUCUAAUUGUGAGUCGGAUGGGUUCAAGCAGUUGGAACAAGAGGCAAACGACCGUGGUUUUGUUGCAAGUUUACUGAGUAAAAGCAAGGAGACUGCUAUUGAACAGUUGCUAUCACAUCUUCCAUUGCUCCAGCCUGGAAGUGUCGACGCCAAGAAACAAUACUUGAGCAUUAUCCCAAAAAUUCUAGCACACUCCCUUGAGGGUAGUAUCCAUUUGGACGAAUGUCGUCAAUUGCUAUCAUAUUUGCUCAUUCACCCAGCUUUGACAAACGACGAGCGAGGAUCGUUAACGUACUGGUUGGGGCGACUAGAUGAGCAUGCAAAUGGCCAUGGUGUUUACCCUCCCAGAGUGUCCCCGGAGGGGUCACCGUCAUCAUCCCCAUACACUCGUACCCAUACCACAAAUGGUCAUUACACCGAACCUAACUAUGUACCUGGGAGUAAAAUCAAUGGAUGGAGAGACUCCGGGAUUGGCGAGACUCCAUCAGGAACAUUGAACAAUUAUAGUAGCAGUGCUGGAAGCCACCUGUCCCACCCCCCACUUACAUAUACCGUGUCUGCACCCCCCGCAGUCAAUAGUCAUGCUAGUGGGCCCUCGACUUCAUGUAUUCUGACAGCUGGAUGUACGACAACUCUCAACCUUCCUCAAAAAAAUAAUCGGAAUUCUCUAACCCCUCCCGAAUCAAUGGUGCAAUCGUCAUUAUCAACACAAGACUGGUAUUCUCACGAAGAUCUUGAAACACGAGGUAGUAGAUCGUUGCAUUUGCCAUCACAAUGUAAUGAGCAUGCUCCGUUGUCUCCUCAAAGUAGUACAGCAUCGUCUGGUAGUAGCACGGAAGCACAAAAUGAAGAGACCAGUUCACAACCGUCGCAAAAGAGUAGUUUCCGCGAGGAAGGGAGUGGUAUGAAAGAUGUUCCCAGUUGGUUAAAAACUUUGAGACUCCAUAAAUACUCCUAUCUCUUUCAACAAUUAACCUACCAAGAGAUGUUAGAUCUCACAGAGGAGCAACUUGAAGCUAUGAAUGUUACUAAAGGUGCGAGACAUAAGAUAGUCUUGAGUAUCCAGAAGUUAAAAGAAAGACAAAGUACAUUACAGAAUCUAGAAAAGGAUAUAAUGUCCGACAGUAAUGCUGGAACACUAAGAAAUGCUUUGAAUGAAAUAAAAACAAUGCUUGGAACACCGAUCAGAAGCCAGCAAUUGGAAAGUGAUUCCUACGACCAGUACAGCCAGGAUCAACCGGCAUCCCCAUCGGAUAACGAUCAAGGAAUGUCGCACACAGUUGCGAAGGGAGAUCUUCCAGGUCAGAUCACUAGGUUCAUGGGAAAAAUGUGUACACAGCUGGUGAUGUCCCGUAGACCCGAUGAGGAUGCCAUAAGUCUGUACCUUCAACUCCUUGACAAAUGCUUGAACCAUGAGGCUUUCAGUAACACCCACAAAAAACGGCUGAUGUCAUGGCGCCAAAGCUGCCAAAAGUUCUCAUCGAGAAGUCCGUACAUGCGAAAACAAUCCAUGCAAGACUUGAGAGGCCCUAGAACGUGGGGUCACAUUAGUAACAUUCCAAUUGAGUACAAGCCUGGUUUGCGACGCCAGCGCCUGUGUUUUCCACAACAUUUGAAUCAGCGAGUACCGGUAGUGAUUGGUAUGGGAUCAAGUGGGUUGUUUAGACCUGCAAGCAACCACGCCAGUAACUUGAACUACUCAGCGCAACAGUUAAGUGGUAACCAUCACCAAGGUGUGCAACGAACACAAUCAAUGCCUGUACAGCGGCGGAUGUCGCAACCAGUUGUAACAGUCCAACAAGGCUUGCAGACGACGGACUCGGCAACAACCCUACAAGAACCAGAUAUCAACAACUGCUUGGAGAACUUAUGCCGGAGCGUGACAGAGAUAGCUCUUAGUGAUGGAUCAGAACACAACUUGGAUUCUGUGGGCAACUGAGUGUCACAUUGUUACAGCGAGACAAAAUUAUCAAAACCAUGGACAGCUGAAGAAGAAACUGUUUGUAAAUAAAAUGAGCAAAUGAUAUUGUCAGUUUGGGUUCGAAUCCUAUAGCUACUCAAGAAUUUGAUACAUAUGUUUGCAUGCCGUAGCAAUAACAUGCUGAAAUAUGAACACUUCCAACUCCUUUGCAUGAGUGACUUUGCUCAUUUCAACACACAAUCUCCAAAGUUACUGUAGAUCUAUUGUCAGGUGUGAUAUUGUUAGAAUUUAAAGGUACCCGUGAUAUAUCCUUUGUUUUUUGUUUUUUGGUAUGGUAAAUAAAUCCUGUUAAAAAUGAGGAGAUAUUUUCUGCCGUUCCCUGUUGUGUUUAUCCCCACCAAUGUUUAACAUUGCUUUUGUGUUUAUUAACUCUGCACCUUGGCUACUCGGUCAAGAGUUUUAUGUUUUUUUUAAUAAGGAGCCGAUAUAGCAUACACUGUACAUGUUUUUGUGAAUUAAUCAGUAUAGGUAUAGCAUGGAAUGCUUUAGCCUCUUCAAGGGGAAUUAAGAUGUGUACAUCCUCUAUUUUAUGGAAUUGUAGAGUUAGUUCCGUGUUAGACUGUUGACCAGUUUAGCAUUGAAAAAUUGUGUGACUUUUAAAAUUGAUUCUUGAUAUUUUUCACCUACAUACACCUUCACAUACGCUUUAACAUUUAGUCAUUUUUGGACCAUGUGACUAUUUUAAGUGUACAUUGUCAUUGAUUCUUAAUUACAAAAGUUGGUUUUAUAAGAUAGCAGUAGUACUGUGAAUUGUUGAUAUUGCUCUGGAAGCGGCAACUAUUGUGAUUGUUUCAAUGGAAUUUUGGUUGCUAUUUGUGUAAUCUUGCCAAGUAGCUCAUAUAGUGUCACUUGGGGUCAAAUUGCAUAUAUGUGUCACCUAUUUAUGUUGUCCUGCUGUCUGUACAUCUAAAAAUUCCUGUUUAGAAGCCAUGCACAAUUUAAGAACCAGGGGCCGGAUUUAUCAAACUAGAAAUCAACUUAAAUUCGUUUUAAGUCAAUUAUGUUGCUUAAGUCAGAUUUAUUAAAAUUACUUAGCUUAAAAAUUGCUUAAAAUUAAAAAGCCGAUUGUACGCAUGCACCAUCUAAGACGAUUUUUAAGCUAAGGUUUUGCUAAGAUGGUUUGAUAAAUCAGCUUAAGAUAUUUGCUUAGAGACAUCUUAACUUUUUUGACUUAAGACAUUUGCUAACCUGAGAUUGAUAAAUUCUGCCCCGGUUUUGCUACAAACAAGGAAAAUAAAGAAUGCAAGUAUGCUAUUUAAAUACAGUAAUGAUAAAUAGUUGAUUAUAUAAGUUGGCUGUUCAGUGUUUGAUGUUACACAGCUUUGACUGCUGAUUAACAAAAUAUUUCAUGUAUAGAAAUGCCAACUGAAAGUUCUAAAAAUAAAGGAAUAUCUUUUAUGCCAUUUCAAAUGGUUGCACUUAUUAGGGAAAAAGGUACCUGUGUGCAUGGCUUCUAUUUUGCACUCAAUAGCUCUCCCAUUUGUGAGUUGGUAAUUUGGAUAAAGAUUUGCUACCUUUAACAUUGUAUCUGUAUAUGGUUAUAUUAACCAUGUUAGAACUCAUAGUAUAUAUUAAUAUUGACUUCUAUCAGUGGCAAGUUCCAUAGAUUAUGUUGGACUAUGUACAUAUGAGGAAUUAUCCAUUUAAGGAUAUGCAGAUCUCUCUGCACACCCAUCUCCUCUCCCAUCUACUUUCCCAUAUCCAAUUCUUUUCCUUCCCUCAUUUCCUUCUAUUUUCCCUUCUUUCUCCCAUUUAUAUAUAUUUAUCUGUUCAGAAUAUUUGUUUUCAUGGAUUUUUACCAUAUUUUAAGAGGUUCCUUGAUGCUCUAUAACUAAAUCUCUCCUGGCGAGCGGAGUUGUUUAUAUGAGUGAUGUUGUAAAUGAGUUCAAGUUUUUCGUGGUAAAGUUUGAUUGAACAACAGUAAAUAGUGCGACAUUGUAUUUGUGGUCUUGGUGGCACCCCUCAGUCCAUCUUUUAGAAUAGUCAUUUCCCCCCUAAACAUAACCUAAACACUACUGGUUUGUCUAUAGUAAUCACUUAUAAGCUGGUAAAUUUCAGAGACGUAAAUUUAAUUUGGUACCGCAGUUAAAGAUGAUGAAUCUGAAGUCAACAUAAAUGAUGGCCGGUCUGUUUUCUUGUGUGGAAUCAAAAUCAAUAAUGUCUUGCCUCAUGUCAUGUGGGCGGAAUCCAAAAAGAAUGAUGACCUGUUUGUUGAAUAGUGGGUGGUGUCAAAGUAAAUAAUGGUAUGUUGUGUCUUCUGGUGGAGUCAACAAAAAUAGAGGUCUCUCUGUUGUCUUCUGGUGGAGUCAUUAAUUUGUUGGUCACUUUUAGAAAUCGAAAAACAGAGGAAGCAAAGUUGUCAUUGGUCAAGCGUUUAUUUGAUGCCUCACAUGGAAUGAGUGCAGUCAUUCUUGAUAACAUUAUUUUUAUUAAUACUAUUAUUAUUAUUAUUAUUAUUAUUAUUAUUGUUAUUAUAUUACUUUACUUGAUUCUAAGGAAUGAUCUAUAAAUAGUGGUGUUUUUUUUUUUUGGUAAUUUGUAUGUGUACAGUAGCGGCAGUUUGGUGCAGCGGUUUAGGUUUGGGCUUUCAAUCGUAAGGUCGGGGUUUCGAGUCUCCGCUGUGCAGAUUUGCUUGUGUCCUUGGGCAAGGCACUUUAUCUACAUUGCUUCAGUCCACCCAGCUGUAUCAAUGGGUACCAGCAAACUGCUGGGGACUAACCUGCGAUGGACUAGCGUCCCGUCCUGGGGGAGUACAACUCCCAUUCGCUUCACACGACAGAAACUUGGGUUAAGCUCCAGCCCUAUGAACCCUAGUGGCUCGGAAAGGAUUUAGUUUAGUUAGUAUGUGUACUCACAUUAUUAUUGCUAAAUGCUAUUAUUAUAUUUAUUAUUUUUAAUUUCACCAUUAAUGUUUAAAUUAAGUUUAAUAUAUUUAAUGUCAACAACAAAAAUAACAAUAUAUUAUAUUGUAUCCUUUUGAUAUAUUAUCAAAAUAUUUUAAAUGUUAGGGUUGCUUAAAAUUUAUUUUAGUUUUCAUACUUACAAUUGGUAUAAUUAGAGAGUAGUGUUAAACUACUAAUUAAAUAGCGGUAUUGUUACUGUUUUUAAUGAUGAGUACUAUAAAUGAAGAAUCUUAAUUCACCCAUGGUGCUCUAUUAAUUACCGUUUCUUCGUUAAUGACAUUGUUAUUCUGGGAAUGCCUUGUCUUUGAAAAUAAUAUCUGAUGUGAAAAUAAUGAAUUAAAUAUUUUACAGAAAUGUCCAUUGUAAAGUACAUUCUGUUACAUACUUGAUUUAGCAGAGGUUAUUUCAAGGAAAGAGUGAUUUUGUUUGUGUAUAGAGAACCUUGAUAACAAAGACUACAAAGAACCAGUUAAUGAGACUUUAUGCUGUAAUACUAUUUGUGGUGGUGGGGUGGAGUUUGAUAUAUUUUUUAUGUCCUCUGGAAGGAGUCUAUAGAUUUGCUGGCCAAAAACAAAAACAAAAAAUGAAAGAUAGAAUAAAUUAGUAACCUUUUCGGCCAAACAUAAGCUCGGUGAAAGAAAGUUCAAAUUUGAAUCAAGUUUAAUGAAUUUAUUAUGGAUGCCACAAUGUUUUGACUGAUAUUUUAUAUGCAGAGCUCUAGUAACUUUAUUAACAUUUGCAGGACAAACUAUUUUUAUUAGUAAGAAUUGGUGGACAUGUUUCCUUCCGAAUGUCAUUUGCACUGUAUCUUCUUUCAACAAGUUAAUGUUGAAAUGUAUGUUUUGGGUUUUCUUUGUUAAAUUUAUACACUUUUAUAGCUUCUUUGGAUAUAUUCCUUACGACAUCUCUAGUCUAUUUUAAUUUUUGUUACAUAUGACUGCUCCCUGGUAAAAUCAAAUUUUUUAUUAAAAAAAAGAAUUGAAAAUAUUAACCUUCAUUCAAAAAAGUGAUUCAUAAUUGCUAAUAAUACCGUAAAUGAUCCAAUAAACGCUUCACCAAAUAUGAUUUUUAUACUAUAACAGCUCUCAUAUAUGCACUCUUGUGUUUUUUAGAUGUAUUCUAUUAUGAAUAAACAGUGCAAUGUGUAAUCAAAAGUCCAUACCAACAUACUUUGUGAUGCUAUUAAAUAACCAAUUUCUCGUGAGUUAAAUAUUAACUUUGCAACAAUGCAAAUGCCAGUGUCAAGUACAUACCACUGUUUUAACACUACAAUAAUUAGUAAUGGCUGCUGCUCUUCACUGAACGCCUCUCUUUAAUAAGCUUUGUGCUCAAGCCUCCAACGUUUUUUAUAAGAGUGGUGCGUUGAAGCCUCACAAAAUUUGUAUAAGAACUGCGGCACUUAUUGGAUUAUUUACGAUAAAUAUAUAAAUCAAAUCAAUAUAAAAGUUAUAAAGUAAUAAGUUUUUUGUUUUAAUUACAAUAUGAAAUUCUGAAAGCUCGAUUAAAUAUCGGUAAUAAAAUACUUUCAUAUUUUCCUCAUUAGGUGCUGCUAUUUUUAAUAAUGUUGUUAUUGUUGUUAUUAUAUAAUGAGUUAUAUGUUAUAAUCUGUGGUUUUUGGAUUUCUUUUUCUAACUCUGGAGCUGUCUUAUUUUGUAUGUUGAUCAUACUAAAAGACUGUCUCAUCACUUUAGAAAAAAGUAUAUUUGUGACAAAUAUCUUGUACAUCAGGAGUUUUCGCAGAAUGGCUAUUUAGUAUUAUUAAAUUUUUGUCAAUUAUAAUGUCUUUGAAAUUUGGGUUUUAACAAAUUGUAAAGAAUUAUCAAUUAUGUUUAAACUGUAUUUUUCCACUUAGAACAAAUUUUGUAUGUUAAUUUCCAACUGGUGAUGCUGCUCCAUUUUGAGGAUAAUAUGGUGUAUUCGUGAAUAACGUUGCUAUGAUUUGCAUAAAUUUACAUAUCAAUCUGCCAUUAGUGGAUGACUUAAAUAUGUGAGGGUGGCUUGUGGGUGAUUUAUUUAUAACACUUCUGCACAUGUUUAUAGUCCUAAAAGGUAAUGAAAAAAUAUUUUACAAGAUCUGUAUACUAGCCACUGUAUGAUAUCUGUGGUAAAUUUUUCAAGCAUAUUGAGGUGUUGAAGUGAUCCUCUAAAAUAUUGAGACUGACACCAGGAUGAUAUAAGAGAUACGAUUUAUUUUCUCAGUUUUAAAGGUGAUUAAGUCUUAUGCAAGAUGAUGCUAUAUUGACUUGCUGUUUGGCCUCCUUCAGUCCGAUAUGACUGUUGGGGGCCUUUUAAAUUUGGCUUUGAUGAACCAGGAAGGUGAAUUGGGCCAUUGUUUGAUGAUUGGUUGGUUCAUAAACUUGAAUGCCUUUGAAAAGAAAAAAAUAAAUUGUUUACCUCUUUGAUUCAAUUAAUUUAUUCAAUAGAUACAACAGUUCCACCGUUUUACAGAAUUAUGUUUGACUGUUUGAACUUUUAAAAAAAAAAGUAUUUAUUUGGCAUUGAUGAACUAUGAUUGCAUAGUGGCAUAUGCCCAGAUUCUGCACAUCGUAAAUAUAUUUACUCACAGUAAUUAACUGAAAAAACAUUAAAAUGCUUAGGACUGGCUGUAUUUAAAAGCACGCCCUCAAGUGACGACCCAUUUACUGACAAGGAUCUGCUCAAAACACGAACAAAAAUGUACUAGUACAUGGCUUGUUAUCGUAAUAAUCAGGGUUUUUUAUAUUGCUUAAUGCAUGACAAUAAGGCAAAACAUAUCAAAGUAAAACUUGUACCUUUGCAUGAUUGUAUCAUUAUUUUGGUAAAUAAUAUUUAUAACUACUGGAGAAGAGGAUAAAUUAUAAAAAAGUUCAGAAACAAAAAAGGUCUGAAAAUUACAAAAGUGAAAGUUCAGUCAAGUCUUUAGAAUUGUUAACAUUACAUAUCAUUUUAAAAUUACACAGAAAAAGAAUGUCUUUUUUUUUUUUUUUUUCUGGGGCCCACAGCCUUUGUGUUUUAUAGCCUAUGGGUAUUUAAAUGGCUGUCACAGAGAGUAAGGAAUACUGUAUCUAAUCUCUGUCAAUUAUACUACCCAUCUUGUGGUGUUAACAAGGGUACUUGCACACGAUUUAUAUGCAUGUUUUCUUUUUACCACUGUCACUGCUAAUCAGGCCUGUAACUAAGAUGGUUGGGUUUAUGAAAGCCAGGGGGCGCCUUAGUCCCCUGGUGGUGGUCAAGAGGAAGAGCUCUGGGGAUCAAAGGUCCCCCAUGCAGCUGAGACAUUCUAUUAUAUAAAUUGUAAUCUUUAUAAUCAUUUUUAUGAUAUUUGAUGCAGGGGGUGGGUGGUGAUUCGGUUUAUCAAAGGGAGUUCACUCAAAAAGGGGGUGUCGGUCAAACCAUAGAAAUGCCUUCUAGUUACGAGCCUGUUUACUUUCUGAUCUUGCUAGAUGUUGACGGUUUAGCAAGAGGUGUUUAUUGUUUUGUUUUUGUUUAGAUCUCUACUGGGUAAUAUUUAAACAAAUCUUGUUAUUAGAUAGGAAUUUUCGGUAUCACUAUUUGUUCAUUGCAUUAUAAUCAGAAAAAAAUAACAGGUCUUGUGAUCCUUUUGCUUUUUGCAUUAAAUUGCGUUCAAAAUCA